AGUAAACACCUCUACGUCAUCAGGGCGCGUCCUCGUCUUUCCCCUCCCAUCUCCUCAGAUCGGUGGACGUGCUCGCCUCCACUUGGGGCCAGGUCUAUGUCCCGGUUUCCCGCAGUCGCGGGCAGGGCGCCAAGGCGGCAGGAGGAGGGUGAGCGGUCAAGAGACCUCCAGGAAGAGCGGCCCUCGGCUGUUUGCAUCGCCGAUAGAGAAGAGAAAGGAUGCACGUCCCAGGAGGGAGGAACUACUCCAACUUUUCCUAUUCAGAAACAAAGAAAAAAGAUUAUUCAAGCUGUGAGGGACAAUUCAUUCCUUAUUGUUACUGGAAAUACAGGAAGUGGUAAAACAACUCAACUCCCAAAAUAUCUAUAUGAAGCAGGGUUUUCACAACAUGGUAUGAUUGGUGUAACUCAACCACGAAAAGUAGCUGCUAUAUCAGUUGCUCAGAGAGUAGCUGAAGAAAUGAAAUGCACUUUGGGAUCCAAAGUAGGAUACCAAGUUCGUUUUGAUGAUUGCAGCUCUAAGGAGACAGCAAUCAAAUAUAUGACUGAUGGAUGUUUACUGAAACAUAUUCUGGGAGAUCCAAAUCUUACCAAAUUCAGUGUCAUUAUUUUGGAUGAAGCCCAUGAAAGAACACUAACUACAGAUAUCUUAUUUGGUUUAUUGAAGAAGCUAUUUCAGGAGAAGUCUCCUAAUAGGAAGGAGCAUUUAAAAGUGGUGAUAAUGUCAGCAACUAUGGAAUUAGCCAAGCUCUCUGCAUUCUUUGGAAAUUGUCCAAUAUUUGAUAUACCUGGAAGGCUUUAUCCAGUCAGAGAGAAAUUCUGCAAUUUGAUUGGUCCACGAGACAGAGAAAAUACUGCGUAUAUUCAAGCGAUUGUGAAAGUUACCAUGGAUAUCCAUUUGAAUGAAAUGGCUGGAGACAUCUUGGUUUUUCUGACUGGCCAGUUUGAAAUCGAAAAAAGUUGUGAGUUACUUUUUCAGAUGGCAGAGUCUGUUGAUUAUGAUUAUGAUGUUCAAGAUACCACCCUCGAUGGCUUGUUAAUAUUGCCGUGUUAUGGAUCUAUGACAACAGAUCAACAGAGGAGGAUAUUUUUGCCACCGCCACCUGGAAUUAGAAAAUGUGUCAUAUCCACCAAUAUUUCUGCAACGUCUUUGACAAUAGAUGGAAUCAGAUAUGUGGUAGAUGGUGGCUUUGUGAAGCAGUUAAAUCACAACCCCAGAUUAGGGUUGGACAUCCUGGAGGUGGUUCCAAUUUCAAAGAGCGAGGCAUUACAGCGAAGUGGCCGAGCUGGCAGGACUUCUUCAGGAAAAUGCUUUCGGAUCUAUAGUAAAGAUUUUUGGAACCAGUGUAUGCCUGACCAUGUGAUCCCUGAAAUUAAGAGAACUAGUUUGACAUCUGUAGUUCUGACCUUAAAGUGCCUUGCCAUACACGAUGUCAUAAGGUUUCCCUAUUUGGAUCCACCUAAUGAGAGACUUAUUUUAGAAGCUCUUAAACAACUUUACCAGUGUGAUGCUAUUGACAGGAGUGGCCAUGUCACCAGACUGGGUUUGUCUAUGGUGGAGUUUCCUUUGCCUCCACAUCUGACAUGUGCAGUAAUAAAAGCUGCUUCCCUGGAUUGUGAAGAUCUACUACUUCCAAUAGCAGCAAUGUUGUCUGUGGAAAACGUCUUCAUUAGACCUGUUGAUCCAGAGUACCAGAAGGAGGCAGAACAGAGACAUCGAGAAUUGGCAGCUAAAGCUGGAGGAUUUAAUGACUUUGCAACUUUAGCUGUCAUCUUUGAACAAUGCAAAUCAAGUGGAGCUCCAGCUUCAUGGUGCCAAAAACACUGGAUUCAUUGGAGGUGCUUAUUUUCUGCAUUUCGUGUGGAAGCUCAACUUCGAGAACUAAUCAGGAAGCUUAAACAGCAAAGUGAUUUCCCAAGAGAGACCUUUGAAGGCCCUAAACAUGAAGUACUACGAAGAUGUCUUUGUGCUGGCUAUUUCAAAAAUGUAGCUCGAAGAUCUGUUGGGAGAACGUUUUGCACAAUGGAUGGUCGUGGAAGCCCAGUUCACAUUCAUCCUUCCUCAGCACUUCAUGAACAGGAAACCAAACUUGAAUGGAUCAUUUUUCAUGAGGUAUUGGUUACCACCAAAGUCUACGCAAGAAUUGUAUGCCCAAUCCGUUAUGAAUGGGUAAGAGACUUGUUACCCAAGUUGCAUGAAUUUAAUGCACAUGAUUUGAGCAGUGUGGCCCGACGUGAAGUGAGAGAAGAUGCAAGAAGGAGAUGGACAAAUAAGGAAAAUGUAAAGCAGCUAAAGGAUGGAAUAUCGAAAGACGUCUUAAAGAAAAUGCAAAGAAGAAAUGAUGACAAAUCCAUAUCUGAUGCACGGGCUCGUUUCCUUGAGAGAAAGCAGCAGAGGACCCAGGACCACAGUGACACACGGAAGGAAACAGGCUAAGGUGGUGAACCCUCCAAUUCAGGAAGUAGGAAAAGCAGCCAGGAAAUGUGCUUCUACUUUGCCAGUUGUUUCAGACAGCACUACCAAGAGGAAGUGGUCAGCACUUGUUAUUAGCCUAUGAACUAAAAGCAAAUCAAAGUUCAUAAAUCAAAGCUCAUCAGUUCCCAUAAAUGCAAUUGUCAAAGAAAAGAUUGGGUUGCCAUAGUCAUAAGCAAUGAUACAUGAAACCAGUGAAAGACAGUACAUGUAAUAUUUUCCUCAGUACAAUUUUGCUGGCCUUAACUGGUAUCAAACACUGUCAUUGAGAUGUUUUCAAACAACAUUGAGUUGUAUUUAAUCAGCGUGUACUCCAUUUGCAUUGAAGCAUUAAAAAUUAUUUUCCUUAAAAUCUCUUUAAGGCCUUCUUGUUGCUGUUAGAAUAGUGCUAUAUAUCAGGUAUGUGACCAUUUCUUUCAGAAGGCUGAACAUAAGAGGUUUCUACUCAGCAAUACUUAGAUGUCUAACCGUUUAAUUGCUACAGAGCUUUAUAGACAGAGAAAAGACUUAAUCAAUUAGUAAAUAAAAUUACCUAUGGCAGGAUUCUUUCUUGAAUAAUAUUAAUUCUUAAAUUGAUUUUUCUGGGAUUAUACAAAUUCCUUUUUAUAUAAAAGUAUAUUGUUUAAAACAGUAGCUAUAGCCAUUAACCAAAGGACAGAUGAUAUAUAUAUAUGUAAGUUCUUUUUUAGCUGUACCUACAUACUUAUAUCAGCACCAUGUAUGUAGGUGUGAUAGUACUUUCAAACAGCCCUUCCACCUGGCCUACUCUGUUAUUUCCACCUGUUUGGGUAGGGCCAUUUAACUUCCAUUAUGCCAAACUUGGGAUGGGAUUUUCAAAGCAGGCAACACUAUUUCAUCGUGUUUCAAAUUGGAACCUUGAGGCUAGUUAGUAUCACACUCAGGCCACACUCAGCACUUGCCCACUCUUGUUUACUGCCUUGUAUUCUAGUUAUUUGUGUAUUUGUCUCCCUCACUAGAUUAUACGCUCCUCGUGGGCAGGGACUGUGUCUUUUUUCAUCUUUGUAUCUUUCGUGCACCUAGCAUAGUGCUUUGCACAUAGUAGUCACUCAAUGUUUAAUAAAGCUAUUAGUGUCAUUAAAAUUCAA